UCCUCCAGUUCCAGUUUAACAUGGAUAAUAACAAGGACAACUACGACGGAAUAGAGUUCCUGGAGCAGGAAACAGCGGGAUCUCCGGUGGCUGGAUCGUCGGGAACUUUCAGAUUCUCGAAAUCCUUGUUGGAUACGACCCAGGUCUCUGACGAUGGGAACUCGAGGAAUGUCGAAUUCUCAUUGUUGCCCGAUAAUACGACGGAGGAAGCUGAAAACGAAGAAAGUGGUGCAUCCGAGGAAAAUGAUGUGACUUUGUUGCCAGAUGAUGCUGCGAAGAGUUUGGAAUUCUUCUUUAAAGGGACCUUUCUUCGACGACUUUUUCGCAGUCAAAUGCGCCCUCGAGAAAUCGGAACCAUGAAUGUCGGUGGAGAUACAGUGCCGGAAGUGAUCGGAUUCAUGUGGAAACUUGCAAAGAAACACGUAUCUCGGCAAGUUGAUUUUGACAAUGACGUUCCGACAUGGUCUGAGAAGCAAAUGCCAGAUGAAGAAGACAUUGAACGAUUCAUCAUUCUGCAUGACACGACCAAAAGGAAGACCUACAAUGUUUCUACCAUCACUCCACGAAUCCUUGCUACAUGGAAGGAUAAAAACAUCAAAGUUUUUGUGCAUCCAUAUGCGACCAACGUGGAGACGCAUGCCCAGCACCAAAUGGUACUGAAGACGCUCAUUACGCCAACAAACUCAGACCGAGCCGGAGCCCACUCGACCCGUGAUUGUGCUGCUUUGGCUAAAGAGCUUAAGGAAACUCACUUGGAUUUAGAGGGACAUCAAAGCUCGUGGAUGUUGUGGGCCAACUUCAUCCACUCUUCGCCUGCUCACAAGCAAGAGCAAUUGAAAAUUGAUCCCGCACCGCCUUUGGAGCUCGCCAAAUACUUCCGAUGGACAAAUGUGUCAGAAGCAGCCCGCCUGCAGUCAGUACAUCGGGGUGUCACAGUGGCUCAUACUGUGAAUGCUGGUUGGGUGAAAGAAGCGGCUGAAAUAAGGGAAGAAAUUUCAGCAGCACUUGGAAUAUCCUUACUUAACAACGUUUCCCGCAAGCUCGAAGCAAUGAUAACAAAAGGAUUAGCCGCUGGAGAUUUUAUCACCGCAGUGCAAUCAGCAAUCCGACCAGAAGAGUCCGAAGUGAGCCAAGUGUUGGCGGAGAAAGUAACUGAUUGUCCCGAUGUUGAUCACUCUUAAAGUGUUUUUCUUGUUUUGAUUUUACGGUUUUGAAUAAAUAAAAUAAGUUUUAUUUGCAAUAGUUUCACGGUCUUCAUGAGUUUUAUUUAUUUGUUUCAGAUAGUUCAUUAUUGUUAACAGUAAACGUUUCAAAACUUGCUCUUAUAUUAAUUGGGAACAAUAUUCAAAUCGACCUCAUUUGGAUCUUGCGUUAAGCCUUUCUCAGGGCUGAAAAAUCCUCCAGGGAAGUAUCCACAGUGUUCAAACAGUUUCUGGCAAGGAUAAACUUUGAAGUAGUUCAUAGCUUCACAUACUUCAGCCAGAAUUUGUUCACCUUCCCGGUGUACUCUCUGAAGACGUUUUUUCACGAGGCCAAAGAUCACCUCGAUGGGAUUGAAAAAGGGGCAGUACGCCGGAAGGAAUAUGGGUAUGAUCCCAAUGGAUCGAAGAUAGCGAAUGAGAUUAGCGUCGCAAUGAAUCC